AUGACUUGGACAGACACCGCCGCUGACAAAGUAGAAAGGCUUGAGAAGACGAUUCCCGCAGAAUGGCGUCUAGCAGCGCCACCUACAGACAAGAAUGUCAUCGACUAUCCCAAAACUGCCAAAAUCUUGACGGACAAAGAAUUGGAAAUUACGGGUUCCUCAGCUGUUGAGCUAGUAGCCCAAAUCACUACUGGUAAAUUGAGUGCAGUUGAGGUGACGACCGCCUUCUCAAAGCGAGCUGCUAUUGCACAUCAGCUGACAAACUGUGCGCUCGAACUAUUUCCUGACGUGGCUCUGGAGAGGGCAAAAUAUCUUGACGAUUACUACACCAAAAAUGGAAAAGCCCUGGGACCUCUACAUGGACUUCCUAUUUCUCUCAAAGAUCAGUUUCGAAUCAAGGGCAUCGAGACUAGCAUGGGCUACGUGAGCUGGAUUGGCAAAGUUGAGACGGGAAACUCUACCCUUGUGGACUUGUUAUUGAAUGCAGGCGCCGUACUGCACGUCAAAACCAGUGUCCCACAGAGUCUCAUGUUUGGUGAGACUAUCAACAAUAUUAUUGGAAGAACGGUAAAUCCCAGGAAUAAAAACAUGUCAUGCGGCGGGAGCUCUGGUGGUGAGGGCGCCCUGGUGAGCCUUCGAGGCAGCUUGAUUGGCGUGGGAACGGAUAUCGGAGGUUCCGUUCGCAUUCCAGCAGCUUUUAAUUUUCUCUAUGGUCUUCGCCCGAGCCACGGCCGACUGCCUUACUACGGUGCUGCGAAUAGCAUGGCUGGCCAAGAGACCAUCCAUAGCGUGUUGGGGCCACUCUGUCACUCAAUGGCCGAUCUGCGUCUCUUCAUGACGAGCGUUCUUGAGCAACAGCCGUGGCUGUAUGAUUCCAAGGUCAUCCCCAUGCCAUGGAGACAAUCAGAGGAGGACGCUGUCAAUAAGAAGAUACAAAACAAGAGUCUUACUAUUGGUUUUUACUCAUUUGAUGGUUUGGUUCAUGCACAGCCGCCAAUCCAGCGCGGUAUAGAAACCGCAGUCUCAGCUCUUAAGGCAGCAGGUCAUCGUGUUGAGCCUUGGAAGGUGUAUAAGCCUGAGGUCGGCCUUCCUUUGCUUGAGAAGAUAUUCGGUGCUGAUGGCGGGGCGGACAUCUAUGGUGAUAUAGAAAAGUCAGGUGAGCCUGCUUUGCCCAACUUCUCUGCCAAUGUGCCCAAACGGCCCAAGAUGGACCUCAACGACACAUGGGCAAUGAAUCUCGACAAGUGGCAGUACCAAUGCCAGUAUCUGGCCAGUAUUCGUGAGUUUGAGGCCGAGACUGGUGUGGAACUCGAUGCCAUCAUUGCUCCUGUUGCUCCGCAUGCAACUGUCAAACAUGACCAGUACAAAUAUGUCGGGUUUAGUGGCCUGGUGAACUUGCUCGAUUUUACGAGCGUUGUUGUCCCCGUCACUUUUGCGGACCAGGCUGUUGAUGUUGAGAUUUCCGAUUUCGAACCUGCGAAUGAAUUGGAUGCCGCUGUUCAGGCUGAUUAUGACGCUGAAGUAUAUCACGGUGCGCCUGUUGCUGUCCAGGUUAUUGGACGACGCUUGUCGGAAGAAAAGACCAUGUCAAUUGCAGCAGAGCUUGGAAGAUUGCUGGGAAAUACCAUUGUUUCCUGA